AUGGCGAAUUUUUUCUCAUAUGUGGAUUAUAUAGAUGGAAUAAGACGAAGUGUCAAGCAGACAAAUCCGUGUGGGAAACGGGAUACUUUGAACUGGACACUAUGUGAUAUAACAGGGGAGCCCAAGGAGGAUACGAAACCAUACGACUCGGAGCAUAUAAUAGUGAAAGAGUACGGAGCAGGAGCACUGGGACAAUUUCUAAGUAAGGCUAGAGAUUUUUGUCUUGGAUUCGAAGUUUGGACAGCGGAGUUUACCGUAAAGGAGCAGGGGGAAAAGUAUCUCCUCACCCAAGGGAAUUGUACUGCUGAUGCUUCCAAUUUCGGCUAUGGCACAAACAGAACUGGGAGGUCCUGUAGUAAAACGACGCGCGAGUUGAAGUGGGGUUCCUGGACGAAGAAGUCCCCAGAGACAUGGAGAGGCAAUCCUGAGUUGAAUCUGAGGGUCUGUAUGGAUAUAGUCCAGAUGAUAAUUUAUUCCUUUGGCAUUAAUGGCGUUGAAAAUGGAGCACCCAAGUUCCUCAGGAGGGAAGACGGAUGUGGGGAAUUAUCACGGAUGUUAGCGGAAUGGUCAAAUGAAUCCCUUCGUGAUAGGAUUAUGGGAGAGUGGUUCAGUAAUAAUAAUAAAGGAUCAUGGUCCUAUCAAAACUAUAUCCUGAGUGGAAUUGAUUUCUUUGAGUUUCUGCAGGAGCUCAUUGUGGGGAAUGAUAAGGCAGAUAAGUCAAUCGGAUGUCGAAAAGCGACUCCCUCGGAACUAAGGAACGGGGCUUGUAGACACGGAUGGUGUCCUGAGGAGCUGGCAAGUGUUCCUAUACCGGUUGAGAAUUCCGGAAGGGGCGUUUCGCAGGUUGGAGGGGAGACUGAUCUGCAGAAGUCACUCCAUCAGCCGACAGGUGCACAUACGGAACCUUUCAGAGCGCAAGAUUCCGGAGGUUCUGGCGAGGCGGGUGUAGAUGCCACGCUGAGGCACCUCAUGGAUGAGGGAACCCAACCAGCGAAUGGGGGCGGGAGCCCGGUAAAACGGGGGGCGGACGGGAUGGAAACUUCGGAGGGGAGCUCUGGAUUGGGGGGACUGAUUGGAGGGGUUUUCUCGUCACUGAUAUUGGGGAUGAUUGCUGUUUAUGGCAUCUCAAGGAUAUUGAGAAGGGGAGGACGGAGAUCGAAGAAAUGGAGGGAGGAAGGGGAGAAUCCGAGGAAUAUGUUCGUCUCCUUGACGACCAAAUAG